UCUCUCCUCGUGCUUCCCACGAUCUGUCCAAGAUAUAUCAAACUAGUGGCACUGACAAGAUCAGUACUAUAUAAAGGAAGAGCUUGCUCGGGAGACUUCAUAGCAUGCAAGACACUAACAGCAAGGCUCUCAUCAUAUUAGGGUUUUGCUCUUCAUUUUCUUUGAGAGAGUGACUGGGAAAAAGAGAAGGAAAGGAUGAUGAUGGCGACGACAAGUGGUCGAUACACCUUGAUUUUGGGGUGUGUUCUAGGGUUUCUUGCGUUAUUAGGAGAUUGUCAUGGAGGAGGAUAUGGUCUGAGGCCGAACUUCUACAAGGAAAGCUGUCCUAUGGCGGAGGAGAUUGUGAAGAACGUGACGUGGAGCAUUGUCGCGGCGAACCCCACGGUGCCUCCGAGGAUGUUGAGGAUGCAUUUCCAUGAUUGCUUUGUUAGGGGAUGUGAAGGCUCGGUCUUGCUGAACUCGACUAAGAAUUCUACGGCGGAGAAGGAUGCAACCCCGAACCUAACAUUGGCGAGCUUUGAUGUUAUCGACACUAUCAAAGCGGCGGUCGAGGAGAAGUGCCCGGGCAUCGUAUCCUGCGCAGACAUUUUGGCUCUGGCUGCAAGGGACGCGGUUUCAUUCCAAUUCAAAGAGCCAAAGUGGGACGUGCUCACCGGAAGAAGAGACGGCACGGUGUCUCUAGCCUCCGAGGUCUCGACCAACAUCCCAUCCCCUUUCCUCAACUUCACCGCACUCGAACAGAAUUUCGACAAGAAAGGCCUAGACGUGCGCGACCUCGUUGUUUUAUCGGGUGCACAUGCAAUCGGAGUAGGGCACUGCAACGCCUUCAGCGUAAGGCUCUACAACUUCUCUGGAAAAGGCGACCAAGACCCGUCCUUGAACGCCACCUACGCUACCCUCUUGAAGAGCCAGUGCAAAAACCUAACCGACAACACCACCUUCGUGCCGAUGGAGCCACUCACCCCUCUCACUUUCAACAAUAACUACUACGUCAUCCUCCAACAGCACAGAGGCCUCUUCGAAUCCGACGCGGCGCUGCUCACGAACGCCACCUCGGCCAAGAUCACACGGGAGAUGCUCAACUCUGAUGAGUUCUUUGAAGAUUUCAGGGAGUCGAUCAAGAAGAUGGGGGCGAUUGGCGUCCUCACCGGGAAAUCCGGGGAGAUCAGGAAGGUCUGCAGUAAGGUCAACUAAGUCCUCAUGCUCAAGGAAGCAGUCUUCAAGAAUCAAUAAGGGUUGAGCGUGUCGUGAAGCGAUCCCUCAGUUGUUGCUAAUUUUGCAGUUGUUGUUGUUUAAGGUUGUGGUGAUUAACAAAUAAAGGGAAUGCACUCUGAUUCCUAUGUCGUUGAUGAUGUUGCGAACGUUGGAGAAGUUGCAACUGGGUUUCAUCUUUGUUGUGAGGGCUUCAAUAAUUUGCGGCAGUUUCGUUUGUUCGAUUCGCCAAA